GCCUUCUCACUGUUCCUUGGCUCUGGAUACAGCACAGGUCUGUGUGUUUUGUGUACUUCAACUUGUUGAAUACCAGCACCCUGCCCUCUGUGAGGAGUGUUCAGUGUUCAAGGUUCAGGAAGAUAACGAGAGGUGAGUGGCUGACGCAUAACUCGUGUUGUGUUACCAAAGGCUCAUAUCAGAUUACGGGAGACAGCAGCUUGGGUGAAACCGUAGCUGCUUUCAGACCACUGUUGCUCGAACAAACCAGGAACUGGGAUUAACAAAGGAGUUUGAAAGAAGCUAAAGAAGCUAUCGGAGGGCUUCCUGUUGUUUUAAGAAGAGCGUUACCAUGGGUAAGAAGACACAACACUGUCUGCUGCUUUUGCUGUGUUUGUCAGGGCUUGUUCACUAUUCAACAGCCUUCGUGUUUUGGACAGCUGUGGUGGAAAUAAGCUAUGUGAGCAACAAUAAGACUGUGGACAAAUACUGUGAGUGUGGGGUGUAUGGCCGUAACUCUCUGGUGGAGAAAACCUCGGGUAUUGUUACGCUUCCCAGGGGAGACCCCAAAGGCUGUGGCCCAGAUCCAGUAUACAACCGCAAUUCCAGCUCACCGCCUUGGAUAGCCCUGGUGAAAAGGGGCAACUGCACCUUCAGUGAGAAGAUCAAUGCUGCCAGACGUCAGGGAGCAGCUGGUGUGGUGGUGUAUAACGUGGAUGGCAGUGGCAACAGCACCACUCACAUGGCACACUCGGACGCAGAUGAAAUUGUCGCUAUCAUGAUUGGCAACUUUCAGGGCAUGGAGGUUGUCAGGUUGGUGAAGAAUGGGACUGAAGUCAAGAUGCUCAUUGAUGUCGGCAGCCCUCAUGGACCCUGGAUGGACACAUACUGGCUUUACUUCCUGUCCAUCGCCUUCUUCAUUGUGACAGCAGCCUCCAUCGCCUACUUUGUGUUUAUCAGUGCAAAUCGCAUCUACAACCUGAGUAGGCACAGGCGCUCUGAGAGGAAGCUGAAGUCAGAGGCUAAGAAGGCGAUCGGGCGCCUACAAGUGCGCACACUCAAGACGGGGGAUGAGGAAACCACCUGCGACUCCAACAUAUGUGCUGUUUGUAUUGAAAACUACAAGGCAGGGGAGGUGGUGACAGUGCUGACAUGUGACCACAUCUUCCACAAAGCCUGCAUCGAGCCCUGGCUGCUGGAGAAGAGGACCUGCCCCAUGUGUAAGUGCGACAUCCUGAAGGCCCUGGGAGUUGAGGAGGACUCGAAAGAAACCCUUUCCGCCGAGGCGCCACCAGAUGUCACUGUGGUCACAGUGACGGGAGGAGAGGCCAUGUAUGAAGUCCCACUGACCGACCCAACGAGCUCUGACCCAGAGAGACAUCAGCAUCGCUAUGACAACAGGGCCUUCGAGGGAGAAGCUGUGGCGGAGAGAAGAUGAACAACAGCAACAACGGAAACAAAACAGCAGCAAAAACCAGGACACAAUCAAACUGAACCAGCACAGUGGAAUCAAACUUUAAUGUUCCAGCAGCAGAAACAAUGUGAGCAUGCUAAAAUAGAUUGUCAAAAGAAAUUCCAAGGAUUUAAAAUGGACCUUGUGUAAUCAGCUUGGAUGAUAUGUGCAUUUUCUUUGUGUCUCUGUUGGUGCAAGUGUGUAAAUAUUGGGUGUGUUCAUAAAGAUGGUUAGAAUAGUUUCUAAACACUGAGCAGUCGUGAAGUUGUGGCAGUGUCAAAUUUCUGCUUUGCAUAGUGAACGAACCAGCUUGACACUGUUUAGACGGGGGGGGAGGGAAGUGCAGCAGAGUAUUUGAAUAUCUGCUUGAAAUCGUGGCCUAAUGUCCUCCAUCGAAACGCUCACACUUGACCAUUGUCUUUUUAAUUCAGUGCACAAUGCAUUUCUCUUAAUUCAAUUAAUUUAUAUAUUUAAUAUUUUUUUCUGCUCUUUUUAAACAGGAGACUGUUUGUUUCUUCUUCUGUUGUCCUUGUCAGGUUGUCAGGCUGGAUUCACACCACACCCUUAUGAACACACCCUUAAUGAGAAAUGCAGCAGGGCACACAUUGCACUGAGAUGAGUGAAUAAUAUCACCUGAGGGGCUGUGACUCUUUUAAGAAGCUCGGUCCGUAGAAACAUGUUUGCCACGUAUGAAAUAGGAAUUUUCAAGCCCUUUUAUAAUUAGUCCCCUCCAGCUACUUUUGAGAAUGUGGCAAUUGCAAUAAAUGUCUUAAGAACUGUAGAUGAUACGCCUCCAAAAAUGUUAAAUGUCUUGCCUGCUGAUUCUGCACAUGUAAAAGAUUUUAAAAAUUAUGUUUAUUAAGAUUUAUUUAUCAAUCAUGUAAAGUUCUAUCUGUUUGUAAUACACAAUUGCUUCAUUGUACUUUUCAUUUUCUUUAAAAAGGGUGAUUUUCAUGUGCACACACAGAUUAUUGUUCUCAAACAGGUCUUCCAGGUUUUUCCCUUUGAAUUAUGAGGAAUGGAGUUUAUUCAGAUUCUGCGUUCUACCUCUGAACUCUCACAUGGGUAAAUUAUGAAACAAGUACAAGAAUUUUGCUAGAUUUAGUGUGUCCCUCGUUGAAUGCUAAAGCUAAAGAAUUGCUUAAUUUAUUUGUUUGCUAGUGGGGAUAUGCUGAUUAUGGCACUAAAUAUAUUUUUCUAUAUUAAAUCAUUUUCACUACUGUUUUACAGAUUCCAGGAGUCUUAAAUUGUUCUGUAAAAAUGAAUAUUACUUGCUGUAUUAAAUCACAUUGAUGCUUAUUAGGAUGCAAUAAAUCCCUCAAAAUGAGGCCAACUUUAUGAGCAGAUUUGCUUGUAAGAAUGUGUGUGUGUGUGGAGGGAAUAUAUGAGUGUGCAGGUGUGUUGCUCUACAUCAGGCGGGUCCAAGCCAGAGUUAUGGUCUUGUUCCUGAUGACUGUGGGAGAGGAGUGAAACUGUAAUUACCUCUGCACAGGUGGGAGCUGAUUCGCACACACCUUGAGCUUGAGCUGGAUAAUCAUCAUAUCACAUAAGUAGAAGGGCCAGACCGAGCAAGCGGAGAUAUGCAGCUGUACGCCAGUGGAAUGGAAAUAUUAUUUUUUUAUUAUCCUUCCAUUGUGUUUUAGAAGCACACCCUCAGUAAAUCUGUAAUGAAAUUGCAACACUUCUUCUGAAUAUUUGUGGGGCUGAGUUUAUUUCUUAAGUCAGUCAGGAGAACUUUGGACUUGUGACUAUAAACCGCUGAUUGAGACUUUUUUGGAAAAU